GGAGCCCGCCGCCUGCGGGGCGCUCACCGCCUCGACCCUGGUGGCCCCGCGGCAGGCAGGCGCCCACAGUUCCAUGACUGGUUCGGAGCGCGAUGAGCCGCCCGUCCUCCACCGGCCCCAGCGCUAACAAACCCUGCAGCAAGCAGCCGCCGCCACAGCCCCAGCACGCUCAGUCCCCCGCUGCGCCCCCGGCCGCCGCCACCAUCUCGGCUGCGGGCCCCGGCUCGUCCGCGGUGCCCGCCGCGGCGGCGGUGAUCUCGGGCUCCGGUGGCGGGGGCGGGGCUGGCCCGGUGUCCCCGCAGCACCACGAGCUGACCUCGCUCUUCGAGUGCCCGGUCUGCUUUGACUAUGUCCUGCCCCCGAUCCUGCAGUGCCAGGCUGGGCACCUGGUGUGUAACCAAUGCCGCCAGAAGUUGAGCUGCUGCCCGACGUGCAGGGGGGCCCUGACGCCCAGCAUCAGGAACCUGGCAAUGGAGAAGGUGGCCUCGGCAGUCCUGUUUCCCUGCAAGUAUGCUACCACAGGCUGCUCCCUGAGCCUGCACCACACAGAGAAACCAGAACAUGAGGACAUCUGUGAAUACCGUCCCUACUCCUGCCCUUGUCCAGGAGCUUCCUGCAAGUGGCAGGGGUCCCUGGAAGCUGUGAUGUCCCAUCUCAUGCACGCCCACAAAAGCAUUACAACUCUCCAGGGAGAAGACAUUGUCUUUCUAGCUACAGACAUUAACCUGCCAGGGGCUGUUGACUGGGUGAUGAUGCAGUCGUGUUUUGGCCAUCACUUCAUGCUGGUGCUGGAGAAACAGGAGAAGUACGAAGGCCAUCAGCAGUUCUUCGCCAUCGUUCUGCUCAUUGGCACCCGCAAGCAAGCCGAGAACUUUGCCUACAGACUGGAAUUGAAUGGGAACCGGCGGAGACUGACCUGGGAGGCCACGCCCCGGUCCAUCCAUGACGGUGUAGCUGCAGCCAUCAUGAACAGUGACUGCCUUGUUUUUGACACAGCCAUAGCACAUCUUUUUGCAGACAAUGGGAACCUUGGAAUCAAUGUGACUAUUUCUACAUGUUGUCCAUGAUGCACCAAGAUUAUUUGGGUAUGAUGCUUUAUGGUUAAUAAAGGUUUUUAUAGAUGUUUUAUUCACUAUGUCUUCUUAAGUCAAGAUCCACAGUUACCCCACAUUUUUGUGUGAACAGCAGCUUCCCAUCUGGCAUUGGUCUAACAAAGUUAAUGAAACUGAAAUGAAUGGGGUUGACCUGUUAGUCCUUUUGAGAUUGUGCUGUGAUAUAAAAUCAACUUUAUUAUUAAAUUUUAUUCACUUCCUGAACAGCACUUGAUAGAUUGCUCAGGGCUCCUUUUACCAGUGUGUUAGGAAUCGGAGACUCCCAUCUGCCUUCCUUGAUGGUCCCUCCAAGUUCACGAAAGUACAAUGAUUGUCAGCAGAGUUCUUAACUUUUGUCUUGUUUUUAGGGCACAAGAAUUGUUUUCAUGCAUUUUAAGCAGUAUUUCUCAAACUGGAUGGCUAAACAACAUGCAGAGAAUCACUUGGAGAGCUCUUCUUAAACAUGCAGAUUCUGGGAGCUGUGACUUUAACAUCAUCAGGUGAUUCUUUUUCAACAGUUAGAGAAUUACUGAGUUAAAUGUGAGAAAGGGUCCAGAUUUUAAAGGUGCUUUAAGAUUACUCUCUAAUGAUACAGUUCGUCUUUCUACUGUCUCAUCCCUCAACUGGCCCCACCUCCAGAUUAAAACUAGAACUAGAUCCCCAAGAACACACUCCUGGCAUUGGGUCACUCUUGUGUGUGGGGUGGAUUGCCUCAGAAAAGGAGUCGUAUGGCCAUUGAUAGUCCUCAAGUAAUUAGUUUUGCUCAUCACUAGUGCAGGCGACUUGUUUACAGUCAGCUUCCCAGAGGCCCUCAUAGAUUGGAUAGGGGAGAAGACCAUCAGUAGAGUUGGAAAGCUUUAUAAUCCGUGUCAUAUGCUUGCUAUUUAAAAGGUAUGUUUUGGGGUUGUAUGUUUGUUUUUGUUUUGCCAU